AUGAACAAAAUAAUUCUAUGUGGCGCAAUUUCGAUAAUUCUCCGUAUCGAAUAUCUAAUUGCUCGAAUUAUUGUGAAAAAGAAGCAGCCGGAAUGGAAUGAUAAUAAGGUGCGAUUGUUCACAGUGCGAAUCGUCUCCUUCACACAUGCCACAAUUUCGGCAUUGGGAUGUCUGUGCAGUUUGGCAACUGAUUGGAAUUAUGUUCGAGAACCCUAUGACUAUCACAAGCAUUAUGCCGAAUAUGUAUUUUUGUUCUCGAUGGGUUAUUUUAUUUAUGAUCUUGCCGAUAUGUAUAUACACGGGGAAUUAGAGAAUUCGAAGGAGUAUCUUGUGCAUCAUUCGUUGGUGAUUAUCUCGUUUACUAUUAUUCUCAUGACGGGAAGACUAUUUGGGCUUGCCAUGAUUGCGCUUCUUGUUGAGGUUCAAACAAUAUUCCUCCAUCUGCGGACAAUGGUGAGAAUAGCAUAUGGCUCGAAAAAGCAAUCUGAUCUAAUGGAUGCCCUUAUUAACGCGAAUAUGCUAUGCCUUUUCCUUUUUAGACACUUGCCAGUUUGCUACUUGCUCUUCUUCCUUCUCUGCCAAGACCACAAGGUCCCAUUUUUGCUGAAAUCAUUCCUAGUUGGUGGAUUAACGUUCUUGGAGUACCACAACACCCAUUUGACGAUCGCCAUGGCGAAAUCUGAUGGAUUUUUCGGGCAUGAACGACAGGCAUUGGACGAAGAUAGCUGCGAUCCGCUUGGAUCAGUGAAAAAAGAGCCGAAGAAAGUCGAAUAA